GCUCAACAGAUCGCUGAUUUAAUAACUUGAAAGAAGAAACGAAGUAAAACAAUGUUUAAACCAGUUUUUUUAUAUUAUGAACCAGCAUUGAUCCGUGUUAGUUUCACAACAAUUAAAAAAAAUGUAAGGUUUGUCACCCGUCCAUUCAACCAGUCACGUUAAAGCAGUAUGACGUAUAAUUGAGUUGUCGGGAUGUCGCUUGAGGAGGAGGAGAGGUUAUCCGAAUCAUCGCACUUCCUCUGACACUACAUACUCUUGCAUCAAGAGUCAUCAUUAAGACAUACUUGCUUAACUAUGUACAGAAAAAGCACGAUGGAUUGGAUGCCUGUAUUUCUUUUAUGUUUUUUGGACUGUGUUAUCAAAAGCCUGGGAUGUGCUGACGGGAUAACAGCAGGGGUUCUGGUUCCAUACGAGGCAUCCUGCUACCAGAUAGUCUCUGAGAGUGUGCCACGACAGACUGCCUCGGAGAAGUGUACUUCCGGCGGAGGAAUCUUGGGGGUUCUACCGACCAGUGCUAGUCUGACAACAGUCGGGAAUAAAGUAAAAACAGAGCAUGAAUCCGGAAUGAUCAGCAGCAGUGUUUUUUGGCUCGGAAUGAACAACACUAGAGGGCGUAUUUUAUCUAAUAAUGGCCAAGACGUGACCAUACCAAUAAGUAGUAUCCAGAGCCAGUCUGAGCUCCCACCCGGCGCAUGCGUUCUCUUGUCACUGUCGACUGGUGAGCCGACUCUGACGUCCGCAGACUGUACAAGAACAUUUUGGAUGUAUGGGUACAUUUGUCAGUAUGCCAACUCCUCAAGCUGUAGGAUAGAGCUUUCGUUCCUCACGUUAUUAGUCUUACUGGUGGUAUGGAUUCAGUAGCGAGAACUGAAGAACAAACAAUAGAUUCAUUGACAGUUUUAUUUAUGUAUGUCUUGUUAUUAUCAGAUUGUUUGAGUAUUUAUGUUUGAAGAAAUAAAAAUGUUUUAAUAUU